CUCCCUGGACCCUGCAUUCACUAUAUCUGGUCUCCCAGGACCCUGCAUUCACUAUAUCUGGUCUCCCGGACCCUGCAUUCACUAUAUCUGGUCUCCCCGGACCCUGCAUUCACUAUACCUGGUCUCCCCGGACCCUGCAUUCACUAUAUCUGGUCUCCCCGGACCCUGCAUUCACUAUAUCUGGUCUCCCCGGACCCCGCAUUCACUAUAUCUUGUCUCCCCGGACCCUGCAUUCACUAUAUCCGGUCUCCCCGGACCCUGCAUUCACUAUAUCUGGUCUCCCCGGACCCUGCAUUCACUAUAUCCGGUCUCCCCGGACCCUGCAUUCACUAUAUCUGGUCUCCCAGGACCCUGCAUUCACAAUAUCUGGUCUCCCAGGACCCUGCAUUCACUAUAUCUGGUCUCCCCGGACCCUGCAUUCACUAUAUCUGGUCUCCCCGGACCCUGCAUUCACUAUAUCCGGUCUCCCCGGACCCUGCAUUCACUAUAUCUGGUCUCCCCAGACCCUGCAUUCACUAUAUCUGGUCUCCC